AUGUUAGACUAUAAUAUUAUUACUUGUACGAAUAAACCUACCGAAGAUGACGAUGGUAAUUUCCAAGGUUGGUUAUUAACAAUAUUGUCUGGAGUUGCCUGUUGUAUUGGUGAAUCUGAAAAAAGUUUUAAAAAAGCAAAAGUUUACCGAGAAUAUUCAGGAUUGUUCUUGAUAGUAUUCUAUUUUCUUGGAGUUACCGGUUCAGCAAUAAUCAAUAAAAUAAUUCAUAUCUUUGUAAAUGAAGAUAGCUUUAUACAUUCUCACGGACAUCAACAUACUCAACAUACUCACCACAACCAUCGACAACGCCACCACAACCAGCAAGAUCAUACUAUUGUAAAAAAUAAAAAAAUUAAUAGCCCUCUUAUUUAUAAGAAUGAAGAAAUUGAUAAUGAUGAUGAAAUAUUACAUGAAGGUUCUCCACUAUUAAAAAACAAAAAUAUUACAUAUUAUGCCAAUGCAAAGGAUUGUAAUGAUAUUAAACAUUUAAAAAAUAGUGAUGGUUGCGACGAAUCAAAUUGUUCCAACAAACAUUGUGUUUGUAUCGUCGAAAAUGAAAAAGAAAAAUCUCAAUUAAUGCAUAUAGGUAUUCAAACAGCCUUAGCUAUAUCCAUACAUAAAUUUCCAGAGGGUCUUGUAACGUUUAUAACAUCAAAAGUAUCACCAACCAUUGGUUUUACAUUAUUUUUUGCCAUCGCUUUACAUAACAUUUCCGAGGGUUUCACCAUAGCCUUGCCACUAUAUAUGGCAACACGCUCACGGAUUAAAAGUUUUUUAUAUGCAUCUUUGUUGGGUGGAUUAAGUCAACCUUUAGGUGCAUUAAUUGGAUAUUUAUUUUUAAAAGAAUCCCAGCUUAGAUGUUGGGAUCAUAACUUUGUUUACGGUACUUUGUUUGCUGCUGUUAGCGGGUUAAUGAGUGUUAUUUGCGUACAGGGUUUAUUACCACAAGCAAUAAAAAAUGACACUUCAAAUGGCCAUACUGUAACCAUAUUCUUUUUUAUUGGUGUAUUAAUUAUGGGAAUAAGUUCUGCUUUAUUUGAUCAUGCAAAACAUAAAACAUCAUUUUCACGAACAGGUCCUUUGACAUUACGGAUGAUAGAACGAUUGUAUCGUCCAUAUAUUCCAAGUUACCUCUUGAAUCGGUAUGAUCAACUUUAA